GCGAUAUUGGCCAGUCUGGUUCGCAAAUGCCGCUGUCAUGGCGUAUCGGGCUCGUGUGUUGCUCAGACUUGCUGGCGUCAGCUACCCAGACUUACUCAAGUGGCGGGAUACCUGAAGGCACUUUACGAUAAGGUGGAUGGUGAAAGAGACAAAGGAGACCACCAUGGACGAGAAGAAUACAGGCUCACAACCAGUGACGCAGGUGCAGCUACUAGGCACCCCAGCCGAGCUGACCUCAGGGACGCUGGUAUGCAGAUGUUAGCCAACAAGCGGGCCGACAGAGAAGCUUCCCUAUCGAGUCUAAAUGGAGCAAAUUCGUUUGCUUCCUCCAACCUGUCGCAGUCAAACAGAGGCUCCUCUCAGACUGAUCGGGUGAGAAGUCAUCGUCCUGGCCAACUAACAGCCUGGCAGAGGCGCUUU